UUCCAGUAUCAUUUGCCACAGUUCUCCGGAGUAUGGCAAACAUAUUUUGAUCCUUCAGAAGGUCAGAAUUAGACAAUGAAGCACUCCGACGUUACUGGCACGCUACUUUGGGUAGUGGUGGUGUGUAGCCUUGUGGAAUUCGACCAUGUCUCGGCAUCGGUGGGCGUCAUGAAAGUCACAGUAAGCGGAGGGCGGUGCCUGUCUCCCUACGGGCCGCUUGCAGCGGACCAGAGCUUCAAUCCCCCUGGUGAUUGCGCGCGGAUCACCUGUGACGCAGAAAACGAAAUGCUGCACAUCGAACGGUGCAUCGCUUCGAACAAGAAAGGAUGGCGCAGUCGACUUCCCAGUGAUACGUCAGGCAAUCGUAUGGUUUUUCCCGAUUGCUGUUUGGAGAGGCUGUUUUGAAGGGAAAUAAAGAUAAAGAAGCA